AAAGUUUGUUUGUGGUUGCUGUCAAUAUUCUCCGCCAUGAAGUGGAGGGAGGUGCUAUUUGCUUUUCUUGUUUCUCUUUUGAUCAUUCAGUUUGGCAUGUGCCAAAAGGUUGAACCUGACCCGAAGACCAAAGCUGAGAAGAGACCAAAUGUAAAGUCCAAGACUGUGAAGGGGACAGGAAAAUCAACCACUUCCAAACCUAAAGUGAAAAACACCCCUAAAGAAGCCCAGACGUACCUCACCCAGGUGGUAAACAAGGGAAGGUUUCAGAAAGUGGGCGACACGUUGACUGUCCAGGCAGGUAAUGCGUUAGAACUGAGGUGUAAAGGUAAUCCUGUCCAAUGGGCUGUUCCUGCAUAUCUGGAAGAGGAUGAUGAAGGACGACUCAGGACAGUUCAACAUGAACGUUAUGGCACACUGAUUUUGGCAAAUGCAACAGCAGCAGAUACAGGGGAGUACACCUGCUAUCCCAUGUACUGUGAGGAGAAAGACUGCAGAAAACAAUAUGACAAAGGCAUCAAAGUCUUCAUCUUUUUCUCUGACCCUCAGGAGUUGUUUGUACCUUCCUCUGAUUAUUACGAGGUCAUUCAGCUUCGCACUAACUGGCCCACCGUCCUGCCCUGUCAGGUGACUUCUCCGCUAGCAAAGGUGAAUUUACACCGGGAAUUUCCUCCAAUGGAGGUGAAUGUGGAUGGACGAGAGAUCUCCUUUGACAUUAAGAAGGGCUUCACCAUUCACAGGCCGAAACAGUAUCAUGCUGGUUCUCUCUACUGUGUGGCAAGCCUGGGGAACCUUCGCCAGAGCUCAACCAAGUACAUGCUCAUCUAUGUCAACUAUCCAGCCGCCCCUCCGUCUCCUGCGAUCCAGACCUCCUCUGACACUGUGGCGGUGGGACAGAAUCUCCAGGUGACAUGCACAGUUGUGGGAGAGCAGGACGUGGUGGUGGAUUUAACCUGGGAAUAUCCUGGACAAAAGAUUGGGCGUCCGAUGUACACCCAGGACAGUGUGCAGACAGCGCAGGUGGACGGGCAGAACCGACAGAGAACUCAGUCGGUACUGCUGGUGGAUGAAGUCAGAGAGGUUGACCAAGGAACAUACACCUGCACAGCUCAGAACCUACAGGGUUCACGGUCUGCAUCUGUUAAAGUGCAGUCAGCACGAGCCAACACCAAGCCUAAAAGAAACCACGAAGCCCGUCAGAGAAGUCCCACAGAAACCUGAAAAUAUUCUUUCUUAGUCAUAACAUGCACUACUAAACGGCUGUAAACAAGAGUGAUCCUCACAGAAGACUGCAUUCUUAUUUCUGUGUAGACGCAAGCCAGAUGCAACAGUUUUUUGGCAAACAACAAGGUCAAUUUCACAAUCCAUAAAAUGUAAAUUAUUAUAAAACAUUUUAACUUGACACAAUCUAAGAUACAUUCGGGUGAUGCAUUCUGAAAUAUUCCAUUUAAACAUAUUUCUGAAUAAAAGUGUUUUCUAGCAGUAGGCUAUCAUAAAAAUUACAGUCCGCAGAUGCAACAGGGCAAAGCGGUAAUAGUGCUUAAAUUACACAGUAUGUGCACGGUUUCACUGACCCUGCUGCAAGAAAGCAAAUGGGGUUGGAAAUGUGAGAAUAGAUAUUAUCUGAUUCUGAGCACAAAAUUACAAUAUGACAACCAAACAUGCAACUAUAGAAAUGCUGGCAUAGGAUAAAUAAAAAAGAGGGUCUAGAGUCUUUUUAGAGUCUAUUUAACAACAUAGGCUACUAGGCUAUUUACACAUUUCUAAUAAAGUGCAGUUUUGAAUUCUGUACCUGUUUUAUACUAUGAAAAUAAAACACAGUAUAAUGAGA